UCACGUGUAUCCGAACAAGAAAUACAAAUCAUAUGUUUAUAUGUAGGUUACUCUUUAGUUUAUGGUUUGAUUGGGUGUUGAUUACGAGCUCGGAGGACGCGGAAUGCUGCUUCAUAGUUUAUGUUGUUAGUUCUAAUUUGUGUGUGUUUCAAAAGAUUCAUCUAAAAGAUGGCGCCAAUGCGUGGCGAGCGCGGAGGCUCACCUGCGCGCGCGGCCCGCGCCUCCCUGCCCCUCCCGCGUCGCCUCAUCCGACAGAUCGCGCGGCACGUGGCGUCUAGCGGGCGGAGUCUGCGCCGGCUCGAGGUCUCCGGGAGGGUUAUAGACAACUUCGACGAUAUAGAGGACGCCAGUGACAGUGAUCAUGAAGUUUCACAGCCAGCAGUGGCGUGCGGCGGUAACGCGGGCAACCUGCCCCCCGCGGACCACGAUGACGACCUCACCAGCCUGAGCUGGCUGCAGGACAGGAACCUGCUGAGGGGCAUAAAUCUGACCAAAGGCGACGUCGAAGACACAAAAAUGAUCGCAAGUCAAGUCAUUAUAAAGACGGAAUCAACAACGCCGCCCCCCGGCCCGCGCUCGUCCCCCCCGCGCACGCCCGUCAAGGCUCCCCCCUCCCCCUCCCCUGCCCCCUCCCCCGCCCCCGCCCCCUCCCCCGCCCACAGCAAGCCCCCCUACUCCUUCUCGUGCCUCAUCUUCAUGGCGAUAGAAGCGGCGCCGGCCCGGGCGCUGCCCGUCAAGGAGAUCUACGCGUGGAUCGUGCGCCACUUCCCGUACUUCAGACACGCGCCGCAGGGCUGGAAGAACAGCGUGCGGCACAACCUGUCGCUCAACAAGUGCUUCCACAAGGUGGCGGCCGCUCCAGGUCUCGGCAAGGGUUCCCUCUGGACGGUAGACCCUCAGCAUCGGUCUACACUAUUACAGGCGUUCGGACGGCAGCCCAUCCCGGCGCCCUGCGAGGCGGAGGCUCCGGUGGGGGCGGGGGCGGAGUCGCUCGCGGGCAAGAACUCGCCCGACCCCGCGCUGUUCCCGUUCCUGGCGCGCCGCCUCGCGCGCCCGCGAGCAGAGCCAGGCGCCGACGAGUACCUGGCCGCCGCCACCGUGCUCGCCAUGAAGUACGGCCCGGCCGUGCUCGACCAGCUGCCGCCAGCGGCGCAUCACCUGGUGAUCUCGCGCUGCGCCCGCGACGAGCACUCGUACUCGGGCGGCGGCGAGGAGCGCCGCACCGCCGAGGCGCUGCUCAACCUGGCCGGCGUCUGCCCCGAGCCUGCCAGCUAGCAACGGUGUCCACUCUAGACAAGUGCGACCGACAUGUUCGA